GUUCAGCGAUCACACUAUUCGGUUCAACGACAAAGUAGGAAAUAAUUUCCAUUCUUGAUAAAUAUCAAAUAUUUUUGCACUUUUAUAAGCGACAACAUCGCACUUUUUUAUCCGCGUCUUCGCAGUUUUUAAAACCAAAAAUCAGCGACGUUGCCCAGUUCGUGUGCCUUCGUCACCAGUGAAAAAACAUUACGUAGGGGCGCUGGACGGAAGAAAGUAGGAAAAGAAAAGAUCUAAAAAUAUUUUUAAUCGCUGUGAAAGUAGCCAGCGGAUUUUAGUCGCAAGUACCAUAAAUUGACUUUGGGAGGACAUAUUUAACUGCAAAAAUGGUCUUGAAAGUCUACGUCAGCGGCAUGUCCGGCAACAAGGAGGUAAAGAAGCGCCAGCAGCGCGUGCUGAUGAUCCUGGACAGCAAGAACAUCAAGUACGACACGGUGGACAUCACGGAGCCCGGCAAAGAGUCCGAGAAGGAACUGAUGCAGAACAAAUCGACUAGCAGCGGCGGAACGGUCAGCGAUCCGGAGCCCCGGCAUCCGUUGCCUCCCCAGCUGUUCAACGACGAGGAGUACUGCGGUGACUACGACGCCUUCGACAUGGCCAACGAGAUCGACACCCUGGAGGUGUUCCUCAAACUGGCCCCCGCCGACACCACGGCUGUGAGUACCGCCCAAAUCGAACUGAAGCAGGAGAACGGCGAGGCCAAGAAGGAGGAGGCGGAAGCGGAGAAGUCGGAGGCCGGCGAUGGCGAUGCGGAGAAGGCCGAGAACGAAGACAAGGACGGCGAAGAAAAGGAGAAAACAGAAGGCGAGGAUGAAGAGGGCAAGGAAAAUACUGAAGAAAAGACUGAGACUGCAGAGGUUGAAGAAUCCGAGGAUAUCAAAAAGGAGGAUACAACUACAGAAUUAGAAAAAACUGAAGAAACCGAGGGAGAUGAAACCAAAGAAAAAUCUGAGGAGGAAGGUACUACAGAAAAAACCGAGGGAGACAAGACCGAAGAAAAAUCAGAGGGAGAAAGUACGAAAGAUGGUAAGGAUGAGAGCACCGAAGAAGGUGAUGCCAAAGAAGAAUCGGAGGAAGAUGAGGCCGAAGAAGAAGAUGAAGAAAAAUCAGAGAAAGAUGAUAAUAAAGACGAAACUGAUGUAGAAACAACCAAAGAACCGAUUGGUGAGAAAUCAAAGGAUGAAAAAGCCAAGGAAGAAAGCGAAGCAGAGAACACCAAAGAAGAAGUCGAAUUAGGAAACAAAGAACCCGAAAAAGAAAAUACCGAAGAAAAAACAGAAAAUAGCACAGAUAAAACUGAAGAAGAAAACACCAAAGAGGAAAAUGAAGUAGAUAUUGCCAAAGAAGAAACGGAAGUAGAAGAUGUCCAAGAAGAAACGAAAGAAGAAAAUGUCCAAGGUGAAACGGAAGUAGAAAAUGUCAAGGAAAAAGAAGCAGAAACUACUCCAGAAGAGGUGGAAAAUAUCAAAGAAGAAGAAACUGAAGCGGAAAAUACCAAAGAAGAAACAGACGUAGAACCUGAAUCCAAAGAAGAAACUGAACCCAAAGAGGAAACUGCUCCAAAUUCAGAAGAAACCAAAGAAUCGGAGAGUUCAAAAAAAGAAGACGAAGAUGUGUCUAAAGAAACCACCGAGAAUGAGAAACCUGAAGGAACGUCAGUAGAAGACACGCCCAAAGAUGUAGAGAGUAGUAAUUCUGCAGAGGAAAAUUCGUCCGAAGAAAGCGAGGAAGAGGAAUAACCGUUAACUACCAAAAUCGAUUAAAACGACAACAACAACCACACACUGACAUCCGCAUCACAAACACCAAUGCACCCAAACACACACUCGCACAUAAAAACGCACAUUUAGCCAAAUAAUACCGAAAAGUUUUGUAAAUAGAAACAAGAAAACACUAAUAACGAAUCUGGUGACGGGUAACGAACCCUAGACUAAGGCUUUAUGUGAAUCUAAUUUUUAAUUUACUCAUUUCGCCCUUCAAAUGUCUGCCCACAACAACAACAACAACAAUAUCAACAACAAAAGAAGUUAACAGCGACUACAAUAUCAUCAGCAGCAGUGAAGACACCCACCUCGUCAGAAUCCCAAUCGGACCUCUUAUUGGACAGCGAACGGGCAGCGGCUGCACAGUAGGCGUCGACGUUGGCAGAGGCAGCAGCGUUAUAAUUUUUACUCAAUAUUAUUAUUUUUAAAGACAUUUGGGCUUGUUACGGUUUUUACCCAUUUUUUUUAAUGUGUUGUGAUUUUUUUUUUUUAAAUAUAUAUUUAAUUUUAUAUCCCAUUCUUAGACUUUAUUAAAAAUAAAUUCACUUUCAGUCUAGAAUUAUUAAAAAAAAAACUGAAUAAUUAAAUUAUUUUCAAAGGUGUUAUACUAAUUGAAAAAUCUGUGAGCUUCAAGAUCGUUAAGUAGAAAUGAUCGUCAGAUAAAAAAUUAACAACAAAAUAUAUUUUAAAUGAAAUACAUCAUGUACUGAUUAAAAUUAUUGUGAUGUUUAGUAACAACUUAAUUGGUUGAAAGUAAAUUCAGUAAAUUCAAUUUAAAAUAUGUGUGGAAAACCCUAACAAGCCCGAUGAUAAUUUUCAAUUAAUUGAGCACACACACACACAACAAGAGUAAUAAUAUCAAUAGACUUUUGUAUUUACGUGUCUCACUUUUAGUUCUUGUAUCCAAAUAAUUAAAUAUACAGUACAUUAUAAUUAUGUUUAGUACAGUA